AUGAAGGUCUGGCUCUUGAUCUGCGUCCUUUUCGCUGUCUGUGAAGGCUCUCGACUCCGUACGACGAUCCGUGGCCACGCUGUGAAAGAGCGGCAGAGGCAGAGAGAGACAUCGAGCAGCCCGAAGGAUGCCAUUGCAGUCGAGUUCUUCGUGAUGUCAAAAUGUCCCGAUGCCAAGUUCUGCGAAGAGACCUUUUUGCCGGUUCUGGAAGACUUGGCCCAGCUGGUCACCGUGAAUUUCACCUACAUUGCGGACUCGAGCAAAACGCAGGAAAACGGCCAGCAGCCUGUGCAGUGCAUGCAUGGGCCAGCCGAGUGCGUCGGAGAUCAGCAGCGUCUUUGUGCUCAGACGGCCCUCACUUCUCGUUCUGGCGCAGGUCUACGUUUCGCCUUGUGCCAGGACGCUGGGACCAUACCAGAGAAUGGCAAGGCGUGCGCGAGCUCCGCCGGCUUCGACGCCAAGGAGCUGCAGGCCUGGGAGGCCUGCAUGGGCGAUGGGGGUUUGGGCGAGGAGUUGCUUCGCGCCUCGGCAGAGCGUGCCAAAGCUCUUUCCAUCACGACGUCCUGCACGGUCCACGUUGAAAGCCAGGCGUUCUGCGUGCAUGAUGGACAUUGGAAAGACUGCGGCAAGUGCACAGACAAAGCAGCCUGCCUCAAAGCCAAGGUGUGUGAGCUCUCCCGACACCCUCGAAAGCGCGAGUUCUGCCAGUGA